AUGCCGUGUCUUGAAGUUUUCGGUCUCUUGUACGUGUUCCUGGGAACUAAUUCGGGUGGAUCCGUUCGGUACGAGUCUGUUGUCUGGCGUCAUGCCUUCGACGCUGAGGCAGCAUUUUCCGACGUGCGCUCCUGUUGUGAUCACGUUGUAGUAUCCCAAGACUCUUUCGGUGCUGAUACAUGUGUUCGCCAUCUCUGCUUCGGUUCUAUUCAUAUUAUGGAGGCGAUGCGACCGGAGCAGGAGGAAAUCCGCUAUGGUGAUUGUGAACUAGUGUUUUGAAUAUUUCCCAAAUGGUAUAUUUUUUUUUCUUAAUAUUUUUAUGGAGCAAAGCUGAUACGGACUUCGUCCGUUGCAAAAAGUACUAUAAACGACGGAUGACUUAGAAUGUAGGGUUGCGAAACAUGUUUAAGGGCCAGGAAGUUUUGAAGGGUGGUCUGACCCCCCGAAAAGGAGAUCAAAAGGUUGGAGGCGUUGAUGCCUUCUUCGCUUAAUUUUAUUUCUUUAAUUGUUUUUCCCGUUAGUCCGGAGAACGCCGCUGUUUAUUUUAGACUUUUUUAGAACUUGUUGGCCAAAAAUAGUGACUCCUGCGGUCUCGAGACCAGGACGCCGCUCAGCCCCAGGACUUCUGCGAGCGUCAUUUCGAUUACGUUGGCUGUGCUCGGGGCGGAGUGUUCAUCUGGAGUAUUCGCCAGCGGUAAAGAAGAUGAUGUCGUUGAGGUAAAUAAUAGGAGAUAUGUUCAUGCGAAAAUGAUGUUGAUCUUCUGGAGCCAACCGCUGUUAGUACACUUCUGGGUGUAG